AUGUGCGCGAGUUGGCCGCGCCUGCUAAUUGUAUGUUGUGCGCCCUCGGCCCGCGAGAAGAUCUUCGAUGACGAGGGAAAUAACUACAAGAACCUCCGCCGCGCAAAGUUUUUUCACUUUGCGCGGCGGAUGUUUUCUUCGUCUUUAAGACGAAGAAAACAUCAAGCAGGAGCCGCGAGAGCUUUUUAUCAAGUGGGAGCAGGCCACUUUUCUUGCUUUUGUUGCUAUUUCAAUGCUUUUUGGUUUUUUUUUGUUUUUUUUUUCGUUUUUUUUCCAAUUUUUUUCCUUUUUUUCUUUUUUUUUUUCAUGCGCAGUUUUUCGCUUUCUUUUUUGCGCGCUUUUUUUUUUGCUUUACUUCAUGGCCAUUUUUUGCACCGAGCAUCCAUCUAUCAUAGUCUUAUUCGUAUAGAGCUAUGACUGAACUCCAUGCGAUUGUCUAUGACAGACAUGCACUGGAUCAGGUGCCGAGCUUUUGUUUCUUUUUUUCGCUUUCGGCUUUCCAUUUUCAUUUUUUCACUUUUGUUUUCUCACUUUCUUCAUUUUCGCUUUUGCACCUUUACUUUUCCACUUUUUCUCCUUUUCCGCUUUUUUUUGUUGGUUUGCGUUUUCCAUUUUCGCUUUUGCUUUAUUUUUUUGGAAUCUUUUGUUUUGUUUUUCUUCUUUUCGCGCCCUUCAUUUACUCAAGCAUAAAUCAACAAAACAAAGACCACAAGCACUUGAAUGCUCUAUGUCUAAAAAGAAGCGCAUUCCAUGCGCAGGAACAAGAAUUCUACUGCAGAUAGCAUAUGCGCAGCGGCCCCCCCCCUGUCGUUCAUAUGCCCAAGGUUGAUCAUAUUUGCAAUUAUGAGUCCAGGCCGUCGUUUUUUUUGAUGUCUUGCAGAACACGCUACCUCCGCACGUGACCCCCUGCACAGAACGACAUGUCGACUGCUCAAGCGCAGUAUCCAUGUGUCGCGUGGCUCUGAGAAAGGAGCGUCUGACUUUUUACGACCUUCCGGCUUCUGCAUGUUCUUGAUCAACAAGCCCCGACUUUGAUAAUUGCGACCCAGCUGCUGCAGUAGAUGCGACCCCCUUUCGUUCCUUGAGAAGCAUACAACAAUUUCACCAUGCUGCACAAACGAAGCACUACUAGCACGACAAUAAAUAAAGUAACAUCAGCAGCACCCGAUGAAAAAUGUAAAUGGAGAAUUAUCAGUGCAAAAAGUAUUUCUCUACGAAGAUAUAUCACACGCAGCGGAGCCGACAGGAA